AUGGUUCUCCCUCCCGGCUUUCAAGGUGAAAAGCCGAACCAAGUAUGCAAAUUGUUAAGAUCGCUCUAUGGCCUAAAGCAAGCAAGUCGGCAAUGGAAUGCCAAGCUAACUAGUGCCCUUCUACACGCUGGGUUCAAACAGUCUGCUGCUGAUCCGUCCCUAUUCACCAGAGGCACUGGCAGUAGCUACAUUGCCCUCUUGGUCUACGUUGAUGACAUUCUAUUAGCAAGCAGUGAGUUGACUCUUAUCCAAGAACUCAAAGAUCUAUUGAAUGAGACUUUUAAGAUCAAAGACUUAGGUGUCUUAGGUUACUUUCUGGGCAUUGAAGCCAAAGUAAGCAGUGCUGGUCUAAAUCUAUGCCAAAGGAAGUAUGUGCUUGACAUUCUAAAUGACACAGGGUUCAUUGAUUGCAAACCGGUGACUACGCCAAUGGUUCCAGGAUCCCAUUUGCUACAAGGGGAUGGUGUACCCCUAAGUGAUCCAGGCAUUUAUCGCAGGUUGAUUGGUAGGCUGCUAUACCUUACGGCAACAAGGCCAGACAUCACAUAUGCCGUCCAUCGGCUUAGUCAGUUUGUCAGCUCUCCUACAGAUAAACACAUGGCUGCUGCGCAUCGCAUACUCCGUUAUAUUAAAGGUUCCCCUGGCCAGGGGUUAUUCUAUCCGGUAGCAAACACUCUUACACUCAAAGCCUUCUCCGACUCAGAUUGGGCAUCAUGCGCAGACACUCGCAAAUCUGUCACAGGCUACUGUAUUUUCCUUGGCACAUCCCUUAUCUCAUGGAGAUCAAAGAAACAAGCAACUGUGUCAAAAUCCUCAUCCGAAGCAGAGUACCGGGCACUUGCCACCACUGUGUGUGAAUUGCAGUGGCUUACUUCAUUGCUUCAAGACUUGCAUGUAGCUGUAGAUGAUCCUGCCACUGUGUUUUGCGACAAUAAGUCCGCUAUCGCAAAUGCUGAAAACCAUGUUUUUCAUGAGAGAACUAAGCAUAUUGAGAUCGAUUGCCAUGUUGUGCGAGAAAGAAUCACUCAAGGACUGAUCAAGCUGCUGUCUGUCUCCACUCUCAACCAAGUUGCCGACGGCUUCACUAAACCGCUCCCCACUUCUCAGUUUGAGCUCUUUGUAUCUAAGCUGGGUUUAGAAUGUGUUGUUAUUGAAAUCAAUUACAACGACAACAAAAAGGAGAAGGAGGGUGAAUAUGAUGAGGAGGGUAUACAUUGUAAAGAAUGUACAAAAUACGACGAUGAAGGACCGAUGGUGGUUGUGGUAAUGGAGUGA